GUGUCAGUUGGUGUUCGACCACAAAGCUGACAUGGUGUACUUUUAACGUACUAAAUAUCUACCAAGAUUUUGUUUCGAGUUUAUUUUUUUAAGGAGUAUUAGUUUAUUUGAUCAGAGUUCCAGGUGGAUAAAGAUAUCUACCAUGUCAGGUAAACUGGUCUACCCAGUCCUACUAGUGACGAUUAUCUGUAUCUUGCCAGUAACAGCACAAGAUCCGUGUUUUAAUAAUCCAUGUUUAAAUAAUGGAAGUUGUAUGCGCGAAGGAUCGACCUAUACCUGUUCCUGUAUGAUGGAUUACACUGGUAAAAACUGUGAAAUACUUCCACAAGCGGUUUUAUUUGGGUCGGAUACUGCCGCAAAUAAAACAACAACCACAUCAUAUCCAGAUAAAUGUUAUGGCAAUCCCUGUUUGUAUAAUGGAACAUGUAUCAAAUUAGAAAAUGGAGAUUUUAAAUGUAACUGUCUUCCAGAAUACUACGGGAAAAUGUGCGAAUUUGAAUAUACCUUUGAUUUCCCGUGUAAUGGUAGCUACUGUAGAAAUGGCGGAUCAUGUAUUAAUUCCACCUGCUAUUGUCAAGAUGGUUACGAUGGUAAAUCGUGUGAGUUCAUGUCCACAGCUGUUCCAGCUGUGACGCAACCAAAUCGGCAUGCCAAUGCGUGUAAUAACAUUACUUGCUACAAUGAAGGAUCCUGCUUUAUGGACAAUGGUAACGCUUAUUGUUACUGCUUUGGUAAAUAUACAGGGAUGUAUUGUGAAACCAUAGUUGAAACAACCACAAACUACCCAUCGACUUACUCCUCGACAAAUGGAAAUGAGAUGGAUUGUUAUGGUAUGACUUGUUAUAACGGGGCGUCGUGUGUCAUCAACUCUGCUGGACCAAUUUGCAAGUGUGUCGGCCAGUAUACCGGAAAAUCAUGUGACACAGCAAUGCCCUCUACCCCGCCUACUUCACCGCCAGAAUGUAAUAAUUACCAAUGUUACAAUGGUGGUAGUUGUUUUGUUUUGGUAGGCUUACCUACUUGUAACUGUUCACCUGGUUUUACGGGAAUGAAUUGUUUAACUCGAUUAACAAGCAGUAACAUAACUACAACAACAUCUGGGCCGGGGACAAAUUGUAACGGACGCUAUUGUCAGAAUGGUGGUUCCUGUAGGAGUUUGUCUAACAGAGACUAUUGUGUUUGUGGACCGGGUUAUUACGGUGAAUGGUGCCAGUUUUAUAAACCACUCUCAACAACUUCUGCACCUUUGAAUUAUUGUAACGGAAGUUACUGUCAAAAUGGUGGAUCUUGUCGGAGUUCGUCUAACGGACACUACUGUCAUUGUGGACCAGGUUAUUAUGGCGAAUGGUGUCAGUAUUAUAACCCUUUGUCAACAUCUUCUUCGCCUUUGAAUUAUUGUAACGGAAGUGAUUGUCAGAAUGGUGGAUCCUGUUGGAGUUCGUCUAACGGAGACUACUGUCAUUGUGGUCCGGAUUAUUAUGGUAAAUGGUGCCAAUAUUACAAGUCUUCAUCAACAACAGCUGGGCCUGGGACAUAUUGUAACGGAAGUUAUUGUCAAAAUGGCGGAUCUUGUUGGAGUUCAAAUGAUGGAGAUUACUGUAGUUGUAGACCGGGCUACUUUGGCCAAUUAUGUCAGUACUGGGAUUACAACACUAAUUGUGGUGGCAGUUAUUGUCAAAAUGGCGGGUAUUGUUAUGAUUCAGCCCACGGACGCUAUUGUGUUUGUUUUGGUGGCACCUCUGGUCAGUUUUGUCAGUUUAAUGCAUCCAUGGCAACACCUGAACCUGAUAAUUACUGUUAUGGUGGCCAUUGUCAAAACGGAGGCACCUGCUUGACAACGGCCAAUGGUAAGGCUUGUUAUUGUACGGCUGGUUAUACGGGACAGUGGUGCGACUGGUACAAUACGUCAUCCAAUGGUAACGUGACAUCUAACCCUAAUCAUGAAUGUAAUGGAGGUUAUUGUCAAAACAGGGGCACUUGCCAGGGUUCACCUAAUGGCGACUAUUGUAGUUGUGAACCAGGCUACAAAGGACAAUGGUGUGAGUUGCAGAUCACUUUGAGCACGACCGCUGGUCCAAGCUAUUUCUGUAAUGGUGGGUAUUGUCAUAACGGGGCCUCCUGUUGGGGAUCACCUAGUGGGGACUAUUGUAAUUGUGGACCAGGGUAUACAGGAAAAUGGUGUGAAUCGGUUAUGUGUAAUGGCGGAGUUUGUUAUAAUGACGGGUGGUGUAUGAAUUCUACUAAUGGAGAAUAUUGCACAUGUCAAUAUGGCUACACUGGUGCUUACUGUGAAACAAUGACAGAAACAUCACACGAUAAUUCCUGUUCACAACGUAUUUAUGAAUGCUCAAAAAUUGUGGCAAACUAUGGUUCCCAAGCAAUGCUGAAUCCAGAGGUCUAUUGCCGGGUGACCAAGGAGUUCAUGAAUUGUUAUUAUAACGUAUCUGACAUCUGUUCUUUAGAAGAAACAGUCGUGUCUGCCUUCAAUCAAAGCCGGCAAACCUACGAUCAAUUAUGUUAUGGUCAAGAUACAUCGUGUUUGAACGAAUUCUUGCAAUGUGGCAAUUUAAGCUUACAGUCUGCACAAUAUGCCUUUUCAAGUGAUAAGAUGUUAUUUUGCAGUUAUACCAGGAGAGCUAUUGAUUGUUUCGGGAAAUUAGAAGCCAAUGAUAACUGUACAGUACCUAAUAUUACUUCUCAAAUGCGAACAUCUCACCAAGAUAUGUGUCCCGACGAUAACACUUCAUCAUGUCCACCAGGUUUACCAGUUGCUAACUGUUUUAUCGAUCCAUGUCUUUUGGCAUCUUGUCCAGGACAUCCAAAUGCCAUAUGCAGAGCAAAUUAUUGUGGUGUUUGUAGUCAUGACUACUAUGAUGAAUACAAUCGAAUGGUCAACUGUAAUAAUGCCACCACUCUUCAAGAACAAAGGCUACAGUGUUCAGAACGAUUUCUUGAAUGUGCCAGUAACUUGACCACCAACUACUCUGGGAACAAUUUCCUUAAUCCUGAUAAUUACUGCAAGUUAGCCAAGGAAUCAUUGAACUGUUCUGAGCAAGUUCUACGAGACUGCAGCAAUGUUAUGAACCUGUCAUCAGAACUACGACAAAGUCGACAGAUGUAUCAACAAAAUUGUGAAGACGGAGUAACCCCACAAUGUCUUCAGGAAAUGUUACGAUGUAGUAACUAUAGCAUGGAAGCUACAAGAUUGAUAACCACGUCUGGAAUUACAAACACGACCCUCUACUGCAGUUUACUGAAUGAUUAUCUAAGAUGUGCAGGCCAUCUGAGGAACUGUUCCAAUUUUACAUCUGCUAUGGAACAAGCUAAAUCUUAUGUACAAAAUUUAUGCGGACAAGUUAUGGAUCCAUGUAUGAAUAAUCCAUGUAGUAAUGGUGGUUCCUGUUUUAAUGAUAUGAAUUCAACCAGAGGUUAUACAUGUCAGUGUUACGAGGGACGAUACGGUGAUAACUGUCAAGCACGUCUUUGUGACUAUUUUACCUCUGAUCCAUGUGGUCCGUAUGGAAAAUGUUUGGGUCUCAUAGAAACGGGUGAUAUGUGUACCUGUCCCUUAAAACGUGAAGGUAUAUUCUGUGAAGUUAAUGAUUAUGAAUCAGUGUAUGGUGAAUGUCCUAAGAGAAGAAGAUUGAUCAAAUAUAUCAUGGAAAUAUUAGGCGGUAAAACUCCUACACCAUAUCAACUCAAUACGUCUGUUUCUCAUAUUUUACGUGAUAUUAAUGUAAGUUGGUUACAGAUGCCGAAUUGUACAGACCGGGGAACAUACUCACCUAUCAUGAUGGAGUUUAACGUAUUUAAUCUAACACAGAAGAUAUAUUAUUGCGUUGACCCAUAUGGAGACCGACUGAAAUAUUCAUACGAGUCUACACAACAACCAAAUUGUUCAGCUGUAGUGAAUGGGUUAUGUAACUCCAACCCAUGCCGUAAUGAAGGUGUGUGCCACAUGUCUUACGACUACAACAACGAAUCGUACUGGUGUGAAUGCAAACCUGGUUUUUAUGGUUCUACAUGUGAAGUGUCCGUCUGUGCUGGGUUAGAAAUUAAUCCGUGUAGUUCGAAAGGAGGUUUAUGUCUAGGAGAUCUGGAAACUGGAAAAUUCUGCAACUGUCCUGCUGGAAUAACCGGACCCUUCUGUGACCGAUCUGGAAAUGAUAGUCUUUUGACAACAUGUCAAAGACUGCACGAGUUGUCAGUGGUUGCAGAACAGUAUUUAAAUGGAUCUCUAACAAUCUCAUUCUUCAAUGUUGGUCAAAUGAUUAGAGAUAUGGCCAGCAACAUCAACAUGAAGACCAUGUGGCGACCAUCUUGUUCCGGAACUGGGAAACCAUUGAAUGUUGGGUGUACCGUGGACAUACUAAACACUACGAGAAAACUAUGCUAUUGUACGGAUGGACAUUAUCAGCCGCUCCCCGAUGCCCGACCUUCCUAUGAUGGACUGCCCAACUGUUCACGUUCUAACAGUCCCAACAUUACUACUGAUAUGAAACCAGGAAUGUGUCCACGAGUAGCCCCUGGAACUUUUGGUAUAGGAAUACAAGAAUGUAAUAACGAUCAUGAUUGUGGAGAUAAUUUAAAAUGUUGUUCUAAUGGAUUCGGUUAUCAAUGUCUUCGUCCUGUGAACCAAUCACAUACAAAUUGUUCGGACUUCAUGAGUAACUGUUUGAAUGGUGGAACAUGUUUAAGAAGAGAGGGUAGAUAUAUGUGUAAUUGUCCGGUCGUAUAUUCAGGUCCCCGAUGUGAAAUACGUGUACAGACAGCAUGUGAUGACAACCCUUGUAAAAACGGUGCCUCUUGCCAGGCUUAUCCGAAUGGAGAUUAUAGUUGUAGUUGUUCCAGCUCCUGGGGUAAAAACUGUGAAUAUCCAUCUCACGAUAACUGUAAUUGUACUUUUGGUAAUAGAUGUGUUCUGCGAGAAAGAUGUCAAGGGAAUGGAUACAACUAUACAAACUGUUUUGUUAGAAAAGAAUGUCAAGAUGUUAAUAUAUAUGAUCCAUGCGGAAGUCAACCAUGUUCUGAGAAUGCUGUGUGUGUAAUUAGUGCUAAUGGUGGCCAUCGAUGUCAAUGUAAAGAAGGCUUCUCGGGAGACAAUUGUUAUAUUAAUAAGAUGAUCUGUGAGCGAUCAAAUUUAACUGCUAGAUGUCAAAUGAAUGAUCAGUAUUCAGAGUGCAUAGGUGACGUUAAGAAUGGCCUACUAUGUAAAUGUUCUACAACAAGAUCUGGUAUCUUCUGUGAAAUUCCACACCCACAAGAACAAACAAGAUGUGAACAGAGAAGGGCCUUUUACAGAAUAGCCUUUGGACCUGUAACUCCUAAUUCUAUGAUGAUUCGCCAUUUGAUGAAUAUGACAGAAAUGACCAGUAAAAUGGAGGUCAAUUGUACAAGUGAUGGGAGCUUUAGUCCUGUACAGUGUGUAGAUAAUUAUGAUAUGUAUAGCAACAACAAGACUAGAAAAUGUUACUGUGUAGACGAACAAGGACGCAAUAAAUCAAGUUUGGUUAGCUACCCAGGUUAUCCCCCCUGUACAGCACCAAACAUUACCAAGGAUAUAUCCCAAAUAAUCUGUACUUAUCCAAUCGCAAUGAAUCUUUGUUGGAAUCAUGGUCGUUGUCUUGGUGAUAUCUUCCAUGGCAGGAUCUGUGAAUGUGCACCUGGAUUUUCGGGAAUCUUUUGUCAGAGAUCGGGUAACAGUUCAGUUCAACCGAAUUCACUGUGUACACUGGGUAGAGAAACCUUUAAUUUGGUGACUCGCAUCAACAAGGGCAACUUUUCGUGGGUAUCUGAUGAUACAAUCAUAGAGCCUGGUUCUAUUGGUCUUCCUGAAGGAGUAAAUAUUACCAACACCACAGAACAAAUAACCAACAUGGUACUUUCUAGUUUUGGUUCUAUGGUCUCACCUCUAAUUGAUAUGAUUCACAGUAGUUUUAUUCCUAGUCCUAACUGUACCCAAUCUGGUGGAUUUAAGCCAAGGCAGUGUGAAGUUAAUAUCAAUAAUGGUAGUAUUGGGGAUUGUUACUGUGUCUUUAGAAAUGGAACAGAACAACAAGGAACAAGAAUGAGAUAUCCUGAUACGCCAUAUUGCUAUCACUUGGACAAUGAAACAGAUGGAGUUGGGUGUAUUCCUGCUGUAUGUGGUCAACAAUGUAGAUAUGGUCUGCGUAGAAACGUGAAAGGUUGUGAAAUUUGUGAAUGCCGAACACCAUGUGAAGGUUUUCCAUGUGCUUCUGGAUCAAAAUGUGUUACAGAAGAAACUUAUAUUUGUGGGAACACGUGGUCGCCAUGUGACAGACCUGUAUGUAAACCAGUAACAAAACCUAGUAAAUGUCCGAAUGAAUUACUGGCUAACGUAAAGUAUCUGAUCAACAUGUACAGAAAUAUAUAUGAAUCUUGUGAUACAACCUGUAUCAAUGACGCUGAAUGUCCAGAUGAUUUGAAAUGUUGCCCAGGGUGUGGUAUGAAAUGUGUCAAACCUUUAGAAAAGAAAACUUGUUUAAGCCACCAUAAACAGGUUAUGCAUCAAAUUGAUCUGUAUAAGAAUCUGACCAUGAUGUUAAGUAACAGCUCCAUUUCCAGUCAAAUACAAUCCGAGUAUCCUAACAUGCUCGAUGCAGGAUAUCAUUGGAUGAAAAAUAUGACGAUGCUAUGGAAACCACAUUGUAGUGAAGCCGGUGAAUAUCUUCGAGAACAGUGUUAUUAUAAUAUGUCGGGUAAUGCUGAUGAACCAAUGAAAUGUUUUUGUGUUGAUCAUAAUGGUGGUAUGAUUGAUGACACACACAAUGAUGUUACAAAUACUACAUAUUCUCUCUUUACUUGUUCAGAGUUUAAACCCGGGGUGUGUCCAACUGAAGGACCAGGUAAUACAUCUUGUACACAAGACUAUGAUUGUAAUGGUCAAGAAAAAUGUUGUGGACGAGCGUGUCAAUUACCCUCUCAUAAACAACCAGGUAGAGUGAAUAUGACAGUACCAAACUUAUGUGAUAUAAAUGUUAACCUGUGUAAUACUACCGACCUGUCCGCACAGUGUGUCGGUAACUGGCAAGAUGGUCAUCUUUGUAACUGUAGACAAAAUGGAGGACCUGUAUGUUUAGCACCACAAUCAUCUGUUAUAAAAAUGACUGCCUGUGAGAAAAAGCGAGCAGUAAUGGAAUUGAUGAAAGGCGGGUUUUCUGGUCAGCUCCAAGGUAUUAAAGCAAGUGAAUACAACUUGACAACUGAAACUCUACAGAGAGGACUGGGUGAUCGUUACUAUAACCUCUCAGUGAUGGCCGCUACCUGCAAGCCCAAUGGAAAGUUUGAUGACAUUCAGUGUGACGUAAACAUCUUCACCAAUCAGAUGGAACGAUGUUAUUGUGUGAACUCUAAAGGUCACCGGAUUUUAGGUACAGAGGGUAAAGCAUUUGACACCCUACUAUGCUCAAAUAUGUGUCCAAUUGGUGAGCCACUGAAGAAUGGAACAAGUUAUAUUCGAUGUGGACAAGGUGUGCCAUGUGGAACUGGAUACUCUUGUAAUCUACAGAAGAUAGCUUCAACUAAUGGCGAUUAUUAUGAUGAAGGUUACUGUUGUUCAAACCAAACUAAAUCAGCACCAGAAGGUAGCUGUCCCGCCAAACCACCACGAUAUGGUGAGAGUAAACUAUGUAAAGAUCAGUGUAGUCAAGACAGGAACUGUAGCUCCGGUAGAAAAUGUUGUCUCACAUCAUGUGGAAAGAAAUGCAUCUUAGCCAGAGAGGAACAGCCAACAUUUAGAAAUGAACCAUGUCGACCAGGACUUAAACCUUUACAGAGAAGUGGUGAAUCUAUUUCUUGUGGUCGUGGGUCACCAGGUUUCUGUCCAUCUGGAUCCUACUGUGAUAUAGCACCCGAUGAUUCGUUCGCUGUAUGCUGUCCAGAUGAACCUAUGGAUGUUUGUUCUAUACUACAAGAUUCGGGAAUGUGUUUCGGGUAUAUGCCCCGAUGGUUCUUUAACAAAGAGAAUGGACGAUGUGAGGAAUUUAUAUUUGGUGGUUGUGGUGGUAAUGAUAACAACUUUAAUACGCAGGAGGAAUGCUGUAAUUCUUGUGGAGCAAAUGGCUGUAAGAAAGAUGAAUGCCCUGCAGUAAAGAAAGGUUUAGCCACGUGUGUUGAUAUGUGUCGUACAGAUGCUGAUUGUAAAGGGAGUGAACUCUGUUGUUCUAAUGGGUGUGGACAAACAUGUACCAUAGCAACAAAGAAUGCCACAUCAACAUGUUUCCAAGAGUUGGAGAAGGUCGCGCUGCAGAUGAAAUCUGGACAACUGAGUCAAUGUUCUUCCUUCUUUAUACCAAGAUGUAAUAUGGAUGGAACCUGGAAAUCACAACAAUGUUGGGAUAGUUUUGGUAUGUGUUGGUGUGUGUUGCCAAAUGGAACAAAAGUAACACAACCGACAAGGGGUACUGUUAAAUGUCCAAGACCAGCAGAAACGAGAAUUAUUGAUCAGCCUGUGUCCAGCAAUAUGCAAGUUUGUAAUGGAAAUGAAAGCGUUCAUUGUUGUAACCCAGACUUGUGUAAGAUGACUCACUGUCCAGCUAACCUCCAUGCUGUUUGUCGCAUCAAUCCCUGUGGAACUUGUUCAGUAGAAUUUUAUGAUUCUAAUCAGAAGGUUGACUGCACUGCAGGUUUGAGUAGGUGUGAACACCAUAGAUAUGAAGCACUGACUGCCAGAUAUCGACAUGGUAUGAACAACAUGACAAGCAAACCUCUGCCACAGCUGACUGAUAAUACUGUUAAUAAUACCAUACCUACAUUCACACCCAGAGAUAUUGUAAUGCGACCUGUAUGUGAACAACCGAAGGUAACAGGAAUGUGUCGAGCCUAUUUCGCAAGAUGGUACUAUAACUCGACUACUUUUAUGUGUGAGACGUUUGUUUAUGGUGGAUGUGGUGGAAACGACAAUAAUUUUGAAACUGCUGAACAAUGCUUUCACAAAUGUAAUCAACAAAUGAAUCCCUGUAAGGAUGUCAAGUGUGAGGUGAAUGAGCAAUGUAGAAUACAACCUGAUAACCCUAACUGUUUUUCAGGACCAUGUAGACUGAAUGGAGAGUGUAUUAAAGUUCACCCUGAACCACGUAUGUCUGGAGUGUUUAUGCCCACAUGUACAGAAGACAAGGAUUACCAAUAUAAACAAUGUCAAGAUAAUUAUUGUUGGUGUGUUAAUCGUGAUGGUGUCAUGUUUGAUUCAUCACUAACUAAAGAACCAUUGGAAUGCAACGAGGCUGGUCCUGUUACAGAAGUACAAACUGAAGUUUGCCCAGGUAACAGUAGUGUAGCUAACAAGGACUGCAUUGAUGCAUGUGCAUCUAAAAUCUGUCCAGACCAUCCAGACGCUAGAUGUUCUGUUGAUUUGUGUAGCAGUAACUGUUCUGUGAAGUUUGUCAAUAGAGCUGGACAUGAAGUUACUUGUGGUGAUGAUGUAUGUAAAGUUAUACAGGCAACUCCACAUAAAGACUGUAGCACUCCAGUUGUAUGUCCAGGAGGUGGUGCACCAUUAUUAUGCCCCAGUGAUGUAUGUAGUAGAGCUAGUUGCCCUGGUAACCCAUGUGCUGUCUGUUCAAUAGAUCCAUGUAGAUGUAAAGCGGUGUUUACAGAUAUAGUUACAAAAGAGAUUAUUACAGAUUGUCAAAAAGUAACGACAUCUUCGUGUAGAAUUAAUGUAUGUGAAGCAAUGAUCCGUAAGAAUCGAGCUGAUUUAAUGGGUAUAGCAUUAGAAUAUAACUGGUCACCGGCUUGUGAUGAUGCGGGCAGAUAUCAAACUAAACAAUGUAAUAUGUCAUCAUGCUGGUGUGUCGAUGGUAGUGGAAGACUAACAGCUUAUCUUCAAGAUGCUGCUGCUAGCUGCGUUCGUAAUGAAACAGCUUCAGUCGUUGUCAUAAUGAAAUUCCAACAAAAUUUCAACCAAGUUAGUUCUAAAUUAUCAGAAUUCGAAAGAGCUGUUUUGGAAAUGUGGAAUGAUAUGGAUUUAGGCAAAUAUGUAGAUUCCAUUGAGAUUCGAGCAGGGAGUGUUUUGGUAGAAACAACAUUUAAAGAUAAAAAUGCUGAUAGUACGAUAGCACCCAAUCCCAUUUUAAAUAUGAUACCAGUCCUGGUUGAAAAUAAGAUUAAGAACCGUGAAGCUGUUUUGGAUUGGAAUGGUGAGGAAUGGGUAGCAGAUGACCAGUAUUUUGAAUCUAGAAGAGUAUUUGAAGCUCAGACAGGAGGAGAGAAGCCUCCUGAACCUGCACCGGAGACCGAACUUCCUCUUGACAGAAACCUGAUAGUAGUUAUAGUUGUGGCUUGUGUUGUUAUUGUUGCUGUAGCAACUGGAAUAGUUGUGUGGGCAUGUUGUUGUAGGAAGCCCAAGAAAGAACAAUAUAUUGAAGAUACACUUGAUAAUGUAUCAUCUGGCUCCAACAAGUCCAGUCCACAGCCUCCGUUUGGUGUGAGUAACCAGUUGUACAUGACAGACAGCAACAAGAGCCUCUCUAAGCUUCAUUUUGAUGAAGAUUUUGAAAGUGAGGUUGUGAAAUACAAACUAUAAACACAACCUGAAAUUAUUCAAUUUAAGAUAGAAUUUAUUAUUGAAAACCAGUUUUGUAUAUUACAAAUAUUAGAAGUAAUAUUUCUGUUUAUUUAGAACUAACAUAAAUGCAACAUUUAUCUGUCAUAUCAAACAAGACUAUAGAUACUAAUCAUGGUAUUAAUAUUGUAAAUUUUAGUUUCAUUUUUAUUGAAAUGUGGUCGUUUAUUGUCGUUGCCCCCGUCCGUCGGUCUGGCGCCCACAGUUGCCCGUGGACACUCUAGAGGCUGGAAUUAAUAAACGACUGACUUUAAAUGCAUACACAAUGUUUAAGGUCAUGAAACGAAGAAACCUAUUGAAUUUCAACAAUGUCCAAUAAUUACUGCCAGAGUUAUGGCUCUUGAUCAAGUUGAAAUAUCUUGUGGAUGCUCUAGAGGCUAAAGUUAAUAAAACGCAGAAGCUUAUUGAUUUUCAAUGAUUUCUGAUAGUUACUGCCUGAGUAAUAGCCCUUGAUCACUCUAAGAAUUCUUGUGGACGUUCUGGAGGCUAAAGUUAAUAUCCAAUUUACUUUAGAUUUAUACACAGUGUUUAAUUUAAGGUCAUUCAAUGAAGAAUCUUAUUGAAUUUCAAUGAUUCCUGAUAAUUACAGCCAGAGUUAUGGUCCUUGAUCACUUUGAAAUAUCUUGUGGGCGCUCUAGAGGCUAAAGUUAAUAUCAGAUUGCCUUUAAAUUUUUGCACCGUGUUUAAGGUCAUGCAACAAAGAAUCUUGUUGACUUUCAAUGAUUUCCGAUAAUUACUGCUAUAGUUAUGACCCUUGACCACUUUGAAAUAUCUUGUGGACGCUCUAGAGGGUAAAGUUAAUAUCCGAUUGACCUUAAAUGUAUACAGAGUGUUUAAGUUCACAAAAAGAAGAAUCCUAUUAAAUUUCAACGAUUUCCAAUAAUUACUUCCAUGGUUAUGGCCCUUGAACACUAUGAAAAAUCUUGUAAUUACUGCCAGAGUUAAGGUCCUUGAGUAAAGGUCCUUGAUCAUUUAAAAUAUCUUGUGGAUGCUAUAGACGCUAAAAUUGAUAUCCGAUUGACUUUAAAUUUAUACACAGUGUUUAAGGUCUUGAGACGAAGAAUCCCAUUGAUAUUCAACGAUUUAGAGGCUAAAGUUAAUAUCCGAUUGAUUUUAUAUUUACACUGUGAUUAAGGUCAUGAGACGAAGAAGCCUAUCAAUUUUCAACAAUUUUCGAUGAUUAUGGCAAUUGAUAUUAAAUGUUUUGCAUGUUAAAUGUUAGAAUAGGGUAGAACUAGAAGCCAUAUGGGUUGUUACUCGUAAUCAGAUUUUAGUAGUGUUGUAAAUGUUUUCAUUUCUGACAAAAGAAAAAUUAUGCGACAACUCUUGUUGACUCUCCGGAAGACUUAGCUGCUGUGGGAGUAUGUUUCGUUGCCUGGCAACCUAUCUUUUUAUAUUUUGUAGACCUUUUAGACCAAGUUUUGUUAUAACCCAAAAUCAUAAUUUUAUACAAUAUAUAUUCCUAUUUGAAAUGUUUUAUUUUGAAAAUUACCAGUUUCCUCAUUCCUUGAUCUACGUAACAGUAGUAAAAAUAUAACUUUCUUUUUUCUAAACCGGUUUUAUAGUAUGUGUUUUUUUUAUAUAUUCUAAAUAAAAUAUUCUUAAAGA